UACUGCAGCAAAACAGCUGAAGCGCUGGAAGAUCGCUUGGCCGUCGUCUCUCCCUACCACUGGAAACGAAGCGAACUGUACACACAACUUCCCUUCAAGAUCAUCGCGUCCGCUACAACAGUCAGCAGUGGUGCUUUUACUAGCUAGAAGGGUGCGUAAGCGAUUUGUGCGUAAAAGGGCACAGCAGUGAGGUACAGCACACAGGGGAUUGGCAGCUGUUCUAGGGAUAGCCAACACUUACCCAAUACGUCACAUGGGCACGCGGAGCUGAGAUUGAUUAAGGCGCAAGGACAGGAAGCAGCGUGUGUGUGUUGUGUGUUGUGAAGAGAAGAGUGAGGAAAAAAAAUACGUAAACAUCGGCGUACUACGAUUGCACGCGGUUUUUGCGCGACCGUAAAGAGGCAAGCGAGGAGGACCCGCUUCGUCGAUGAACCCCGCCGCGAUAGUGGCUGUGCUGUGUGUGUGGUUGGCAUCGUCGUGUAAGGUGCGCUUCCUGCGGGUGUAAGCUCACACACCACCCCCCGUGGGAAAUAGAGCCGAGCUGGCGGCCUGGCGGAGACGGGGACGGGGACAGUUCAUUUAAUUAAAUUAGCAUCGGCAUAGGCAAUCGUGCCUCGCAACCACGCGCACACACACACACACUCGGAGUGUAAGGAAUCAUCCUCUAAGCGGCAUCAUGAACUCGAAGCCAGCGGCACCACCGCCAAACGGGGCCGCGGUGCAGCAGCCACACAUCCCGUACAACAUCGACUGGAUAUUCCCGAGGCUGCGGCGUCCCAAUCGGCUGUGGCACAUUGCCAGUACGGGUGUGAUUGGUUUGGUGGGAUUCUUCUCCAAAAUCGUCAUCGUCUGGCUGAACAAAGCACGCGUCCACAACAUCGACGUCCUGGAGAAUGCGCUCGAGAACCGGCCGAAAGGGAAGUCGCUGCUGACCGUCUCCAAUCAUCACUCGUGCUUCGAUGAUCCAGGCAUAUGGGGACUACUAGACAGGCGGCUGCUAAAGCUGCGCAAUGUUUGCAACAAAAACGUCAUCCGAUGGUCAAUGGCGGCGCACGACAUUUGCUUCACCUGCAAGGCGCACUCGCUGUUCUUCAUGUACGGGAAGUGCAUACCGGUGGUGCGGGGCGGCGGCGUGUACCAGCCGGCGGUGGAUCUGUGCAUCGAGAAGCUGAAGCUUGGCGACUGGGUGCAUGUGUUUCCCGAGGGGAAAGUUAACAUGACUAAAGAGGAUCUCAGGUUCAAGUGGGGCGUCGGGCGAAUAAUUUACGAAGCACCCGACCUGCCCAUCAUCAUCCCGAUCUGGCACAUCGGCAUGGACGACGUGCUGCCGAACGAACCGCCUUACUACCUCCGGAUGGGCAAGAAGCUAACGUACAACUUCGGCAAUCCGAUCGACCUAAGCGCUCUUAUGGAACGGUUACGCUCGUCGCCGGUGAGCGAAGAGGAGGCGCGAAAGCAAAUUACCGACCGUAUCCAGGAGGAGAUGAUGCUACUUAAACAAGAAACCGAACGGCUGCACUCGGAGUACGUGAAAAGCUGAGCCCGAGCUGGGACCGGCUAGCGCGGGUUGGACCAAACACUAAACAAGCGUCAACGGGAACGGGAACGGGAACGAGAUCGGCAAGCGUCUUCCACAGACCUUCAUGACCAAGACCUUACCCCUUUUUCACACAUACACAGACACACCAGCGGCCGUUGCUUUACUACACCGUUUGUGUGUGUGUGGUGUUGCUUAACUUUCAUCAAAACCUUUUAGAAUAAUUACCGAUAGAUUAGGCGUUACUACAGUUCGUUGUCCGGGGCGUUUCAGAUUCGGAGAUUCAGAGUUAAAGUGCAUUUUAGCGUUACGAUGUGAGCCUGCAGCGGAGCUAUUGCGUGUAGAACUCGUUGCCCGGAAAUCUAGUCAAAUAGAACACCAGAAGAUGCUAUCCUACCAAUAUUCCGUUCAGCGGUACACACGAGGUCGCCACGUGAGGCAGGAGAAAGUAAGGAGGAGAGUAUAAGAGAGAGGAAGAGAUCAUGUGAAUCGGUUUCCGCGAUAAGAAAAGAUCUCGGCGUUAGAUUGACGUUAGGGGACGCCGCGACCCUUGACCUGACUAUGACGGUUGUGUUGCCGCGUACACGCGUGCUUCGAGACACGAGCGAGGCACUGAGGUGUAAAACCCGUCCACCUCGUCCAUAUUGAGUAUUUUCUAUUCUUAGUUUUUAACACAUUCACACACAUACUAGCUUUCGAUUACAGCGAUAAGAGUUUGCAAACUACGACCUACGAUGACGACGUUACGGAGCCCGUCCGUUGUGUAGUAGUGCGCAAGCAUGCUUACGUUUAGCGCGAACGGUUCCGCGGUUUUUGACACGCUCCUUAAGGAAUAAAUACGGAAAUGGAUUAAAAAAAGAAGGAAAACGAACAAAUUCAA